AUGCACAUGACGAUGGUUCUUCAUUUUCUCAUGGUCGCGUUAACCUUCUUUGAAUCAGGGUAAGCUACUAGUAUUUCAUUCACAAAAACACUUUUAUUGAGUAAUUCUUCCAGCAGCAAUGAGACUAAAGGCUUGCAUCUUGUGAUGAGGAAUACCUCAGGAACAGGCAUCUGAUAUAUUCGUCAUCCCCAUCUUACCGUGUGUUUUAAAGCCGAAGAGAUAGACAACAAAACACGACUGUUAAAUGAAACCAGUUUGAUGCACCUCCACAUCCUACUAAUGCUACACCAUUUUUGUGCGUAAACUUGCCUCGCCAUCCAGAACAUUGCGCAUUUUACUAAUGGCGUACACAUCAGACAUCCGACCUCGACCCAAUUUGACUCCCUUUUUAACUUUAAACCUCCCUCCCUCAAAAAGUUUUGAAGAAACUGUACCGUAAUACGAUAUGCCAAUGAAUAUUCCAAAAACCAUUGCGAUAGCAAUCAUUCGACAAAAUGCAUGACAUUUUUAUUCAGAUUUCAAAGCUCUCGCUCCUAAUGUGAUUUUAGGCCGUUUUUAAUUAGGAGAAAUCAUCAGAUGUCCCCACAUUUUCGGCAGUUAUGUUUCUUUCCGCCAACAAAUUCUAAGUAAUUGGUAAAUGGUACACAAAUAAAGGACUGUGUUAAAGAUAUCUUUGAGGAUACAGAACAAUUAAAUGUUGGUGUAUGUGCGCUUAAAACAAGGAGAUGUUCUUUAAAGACUGCCCAGCGUCCUCGUAUUUGGGAAACUCCUCUUAGCCCAACAUCAUCACUAAAAAUAAAUUAUUGUUUAUGACACUUGACAUAAUUUUAAAUUUAUCCUUGAUGGCAGAGAAAUUUUCGAUGCUUGCUCCCCUUAUUCAAAUGCUAUCUACGUCUUUUUACACAGUACUUACUGUUUAAUAGAAUAGGUUUUAUAUGGAGUAAACACAAUAAACGUCAUUUGCACUCAUGCGCGGUUCACCGCAGCUGCAAUUUAUAUCACAUUGAAUUUUUAACUAGAACAUGAGUCAAUUUUAGGUUCGGUCAAGAUCCUUGCACUUGGAGCAAACGCAUUAUCCCGAAGGAGGCAGUUGGGAACUACACUAUAGAAGUUCCGAUACAUUACAGUUAUCGGGUGAGUUAACAAAUUACAGGUGCUAUUGAAACGAAGCGCGCUUUUUGAUUAGCCUGUCAUAUAAUGUUACAAAUGCUUAUAACAGCAAUGCGUUCUCUACAUCUUUUAGCGUGGAUAUAUAAAUGAGGAUCCAUUUGGAACAUAUUUCUGGACAAAGGGCUGGUGUACGCUCAAAGAGGGCUAUUUUCGAUGUUCUUACGGAAACCGUAUGUUGUUGAUCCCUGUCUAAUCAUUCAGUCAACCAUUUGCCUCUGACGUAAAUGAGCUGUGGAUCAUUCCUUUUCCGUCACAUUACGAACAUAGAACUCGCCAUCGAGAACAAGAUAUAUAUAUAUACAUAGAAAAAAAAACAUGUUUCAUAUGUAGUUUUACUGCCUCAAGCGUAGCAGUAAGGUGUCUUGUAUGCGUAUACUAAGCUACAAUAAAUUAGAAUAUAUACUAGUGGCUCAGUUGUAUGAUACUUUUGAUAGAAUAAUGACUUAGUAUACACGGUCUUUUUUAAGGCAAUACAAUACACACGACCAUCCUUACACUUCCAAAAGUUGAAACUAUCUCCUACGUUAUGCUGAAGGACAGAUACCCAAUCACACUUCACAGGCCGGAAGACAAAACCGUCCGUACGUUUAUUUGUUCCAUAUCCUGCUAGAAUUUUCAGGUUCAUAUUUCUCGUUUUGCAACCUAGUUAAAACAAAAGACUAUUACGCAUGUUCCUUAAAUUCCAAUUUUGAAAAUGCGCUUUUCCUCAGCUGGAUUUUAUGUGAAGGAGGGCGACGUUCUGGACGUCUGCUCGAACUUCACCACAUACACUUUGCGCUGGUACUUCAAUGGCAAUGAAAAUGACUUGAGGAAUGUAAGUUAUGAACGGGUGCCGUAUAUGCAUUUAAGUCAUGACAGAACUAUUGCAUUUCACUUAAUAUUGAUCUCCCCGCAACAGGUCAGUUGUUUUCAUAAUGGCGAAGAAUUUUGCAGUGGACUGAGACCUGCAAAAAAGGGAGCAGAGGAUAAGUGUGGUAAAUGCCCUACAAUUAUUUUCAAUUGAUCCAAAAAUGCUUGGCAUUCAUUAAUCCAUUUUUGUCAAAAGCUGAGUCUUCUGUCACUUUGAUCUGUUAUGCUCAUAUGAAUGCGGUGGUAUUUUCUGACAUUAUUUUAGCUUUUACCGAAACGAGUGGCAGAAUACGGAUAGGGUACACGUUUUUCAAACCAUCAACACGCUUCGGAUACUACUACUGUUACCUGGACAAGGGAAUGACCAAAGCCCUGACUUAUAUCGUUGACUGGAAAAGUUAGUUUAUAAGUGAUUUCAUGAACUGUUAAUUACUCUUAGUUAUUGGAGCUUCGCAGUAAGUUACUAUACCCUACACGUAUGACGACCUCAGGAAGUCGACAUUCUUUGGGGAUUGCAAUCAAAAGUGGGUCUGAAUGUUUACGAAUUUAGUGUGAAUUUAAUAUUCCGUAGUCGGCCAGACGAUUGCUAUUUUAGCAGUCGAAUUCGGAGUGAAAGAUGGUUAAAGCGUCUGAAGCUGCGGCAAGUGUUUCAGUCUUCAACUGUCGCCGUUUACAGGCGCGAGUGCGUUUUCCCAUGCAGGAAUUUAAGAAGAAAUUAACAUAUCGAAUAAACUCGCUGAUCUAUCUCCCCCGAAACAUCUGCGAUUUAGCUUAACGAUGACUGUUUCCAUGGUGACUAAAUAAUUACCUCUUUGCACAAUUUGUUAGUUUUACUAUACAGGAUGCCUUAUGUGAACUAACUAUAGAUGGCACAAAAACGAGGGACAAUUCAUCUACCGUGACAAAGCCGAGUGGGCGUCAGGAUAUUCCAAAUCCUUCUACUUCCAGCGCAUCAAUAAUACUGGGUAAGUCAGCACCAGUCUGCAUACUUGAACAUUGCCAUCCACCAUGGGCAUCUGAGUAGGUUUAUAAGAUAGGAAAAAUGUAGCAAAUAUCAAUUCUAUGCAAUACUUUUUAAUUUUUGAGAUCUCUCCCAUUACAGUGCAAGAAAGUGAAAGAGAAAGACACUGUCAUGAGUUCAGUAAAUCCUUUUUGCGAAAUAUGCAGAAACCAAUGGAGGCAUAUAUAUAUAUAUUUCAAAAAUCUAACCAUUCUCAUUGUUUACAUUAUCUUUAGGUGAGAUCUCAUUGGUGUGGCUAUGGUCGCUUCUUGCAAGCCAAAUUUGA